CGCGUUAAUCCGGCUUAUCGACGAAAUCUUCGCACUAUACUUGGUUCGAUCGCAGGUUCAUACAUUGCGAGGUACGAAACCGAUUCCCCGAAGAGGUGCGAAAGAGGACUAUCAUCGGCCAGACCGGUUCUCUUGGACGAUUAAGAUCGAAAUGCAUUAUUAAAUGUUGGUCUUCGGCGUUUGUCCUCGUGCACUUUAAACGAUUCGCGUCUCCAUCCGGCGUCCGGUUCAUACUGCUUUUUACCAUCUUUUGUUUCUAUUUUUAAUCAUUGAUAGGCCGACAUUGAUCGCAUAUUUCAAAAUCAAUCUCGUGUUUGUUAGUUUCCAAUGACGCAACUACUUAUGUCGAAAAACUCUAUUUUUCUGUAUUAGGUUUUUGUAUAUUUCAUUUAUUUAUUAUUAUUUCGAUAUGGUACCAGGUAAUUAAUGAAGUUGUACGAUACAGACGUGACCAAGAGAUUUUUCAGGUAAAUAUUCUACAUUUUUUAUCUCAGUCAAUCUCCGCACUCAUAAAGUCGCCUUUAAAAAUGCAAGAGUCUCUCCGAGUCUUUCGAAAAAGGAGAAGAUGGCAUUUAAAUCUGAUUUGCCAUUCGACUGGUGUUUUAUGUCGGUGGGAAUUCAUUAGCGCGCCGGAUAAAUUUCAUGCAAAUUAAUUAUCCUAUCCGGGUACCUCCCGCUAUUUUCGCUCCGACGAGGAAGUCAAGGUUGGACGGAUAUAGCGAUCAAGUUUCCACCAAAGGUGCCGUGAUAAAAUCACAAGCGGAACUUGAGCGGCGAGACGCGGUCUCAGUUUCCGCACGCAUUUUUCUUUCCUGCACAUCUCGCGCGUUCACACGGAUCCUUCGCAACGGUUGCGCGUUGCAUUGUUCAGCAACUCGCAGAACAUUGCACAAAGCUGUCACAUGAUUUUUCAGGCCGGGAAAAACGCUAAUGCAAGCUUAACAUUUGAAUUGCACAAUUAAAUCCGAGUGCCGCUCGUAAUCUUGAAUAAUGAAUGCCGUAAUGCGUAUUAAUCGCAAUUAUCACGAUUAAUACGAUUACUUAUCACGUUUAACUAAUUAUUAGUACGUAGUAAUCAGUAGUAAUCGGUACGAUAAAUUAUUGCAUUUAAUCGUGACGUUAUACAUUCACAAUUAAUCGUAACAAUCUCUAUGCCUGUAGGACGCUCACACGCGAACAAAUCGCGCCGGAUUUAUCGCGCGCGCGAACUUGGCUAUUAGUGCCGUUUGUAAAUGCGCGCAUGCCUGCAUAUUAAAAGGCAUAAAUUUCGAGGAACAAGGCUACGAAGAGUCGGGGAGCCUCGGCAACGAAAGGUUGGUGCGAGCCGGUCUGUACUUAAUCUGAAUGAAGUACCGGCGACAUUUAACGAUACGAAGGACGGGAACGUUUUCACGAAUCGCGGCCUCGCGAGCCCCCGUCGCGUUCUCCAUUUCAUAUAAAUAAUUCGGAGACGCGACUGUGCGCCGGCUUGCUUGCAAUUCGAAUCGUACUUUUUCGCCAUUUCACGCGAGCGGCGUAAAAAUAAAUAAAUCUCUCCUCUUGCGCGGUGAUGCGUUCACCGUCCGCAUUCAAACGCGGUCCUUGAAGUACGUCCCGAAAAAAUAAUGAGCCAGAUGAAAUAUCGACCGUUUUUGUUACCAGCAGGUUGGUUUCCUUUUGGGACGAUGCUGAUUUGUAAUUAACUUUUUGUCAUCAAAUUCAUCUCGUUCUCGCUGCAUUCAUUGUACGUGAAAAAUUAAAGCCACUUUUUGAGAAAAACAUAUUCUGCAUUCAUUUAUUCUAUCUGUAAAUGCUAUAUCUUUACCAGGAUCUUUUUUUAAAAUUUAUUGUUACACCGCUUAAAUCGUUUUAUUUGCGAUUGGACAGCACGACAAACAUUAAUUCGGAAAUGUCGAUACUGAAUCAGAAGCGGAUACAUUACUAUAAAAUCCAACCCUGAAUAGAACUUCGAUGUCAUCGAUAGCUCCAAGGUCGCUAUCAAUCCCAUCGUUAAUGGGCUAUCUUGACUACCACGUCUUACGUAAUUCCCGCACACGUCAAGGAAAGAUUUAUUCCUAUUUUUAUUCCUAUUUUUGGAGCCUGCUUCUGCGAAGGAUGAUCCUCAUUAACAUUUCUACUCUAUUGGGGAUGUCGAUGAACCAUGGUGACACACUACAGGAGUUUACCAUUGCAGAUGAUUGCUACGCAACGAUGCAGUUAACGUUCGCUCGUGACGCUCAUCAUCAAUUUUCUACUUUCGAAUAAGUAUUCGUGCAAUAUUGAAGAACAAAUGUGCCGAAAAGAACAUGCCAAAAAGAAAGAAGACACGAUCAUGCAUUUAAACUCGAUCCAGAGCAUACUAAAAGCAUACAAGAAAUCAACAAAGCAGCAGACAUGACCGACUCACACACACACACACACACACAUUAUCAAAUUAAGAUUUUUAAGAUUUUCGAGAAAUUUUAUUUUUUUCAUUGUAAAUUUUUCAUUUAUCAUAUUGUUUGUGCGGGAUUUAUCCAGUUACGAUUAAGCGGAAGAGCCGCACCCGAGCACGAGCGGCGCGACUUUACGGCCGAGAGAAAUCUGAAGUAUUCCGUAAGGCAUGCAUCGUCGCUGUGGCUAUUACGAGCAUGCGUAACAGGUGUUCGAGAAGUUACCGGAGCUGCAGGCAAGAGUGUUACAUCAGCGCGAAGACGACGCGUGAUCGUCAUUCGUGCGCACGAUGUAUUACAUUAAGAUUCAGGCAAAAGAUUCGCGCGAAUUGCGUGAUCGCGCUGCCCGAACACGAUUGCAAGUGGAAAACACUCGAGUUCUUUCAUUUCGUUUGUACGUUUCGUAUGAAAGCGAUGUCAAAACGGAAAUUAGUCCUAGAAUACACAUAUGUUUUCUUUGCAAAUUUGUGAGAGUAAUUGAGAUAAUAAUACGAAACUAUCGAACUGUUUUACGCGAUUGUUGCAACAGUCGCGACGUAAUUUCCGAUGCAAAAGACCGUUCUUGGCAAGAGAUGACGUCGUCAAAUCAUUGUGCGCGGUGAACAAUACGAUAAUAAGCAUUCUAUAUCAAAUCUAAGGAAUCUUAGAGACGUUUCGUCAGUCUGACGCAACCGGAACCUCCUCCACUUUUCUGCUGUGGAAACUCCGAGAAUGGAGCUGGUCGGUCCGAAGCGCGAGUUGCAGCACGGAUGACAUUGACUAUUCCCUGUCUUCCGUUUACGGCGUCUACGUUACCACUCGGUGAAAGUAGACGAGCGCAUCUUCAGGGUCACCGGUAUGGAGAAUCGCGUCUCGCUCCGCGAAUGUUACGAACGUUUUCUGAAAUUCGGUCCUCUCGAGAGAUGACGACAGAUUACGUGAGAUAGAGACGCGACCUUUCUCCGAAACAACCGGCAAGCGCGGCGAGAACAUUGUGGAUAGAAUCCUGAACAACGCGCCGAUUCCUGAAGAAUAGGCGGCGCCUUAAUUGCCGGGAACGGGUUAAUUGCCGCAUUGUGCGUUUCAAUUAUCGGAUACAUGAGCCGGUAACAGGUUUCAAGCUCGCGCGCGAGACACAAACGUCUAUAAUAAUUUAAUAAGGCGUUUAGCGUGGCUGAUGGACUACCGUGCGAUUCGCAGUACGGAUACUUAUCGAAUCAUGGGAUCAUCUAGGUAAGAGGAAUCACUUCGCGCCAGUGAUACUUAAGCGUGCCACGAAAUAAAAUACUAAAAUGUACAAUGUAGCGUAGAAAUAAUAAAAAUAAUAAAAUGUGAGAUACUUUACAUAAACAGAAUAUCUCAAACAAUAUUUUAUUAUAAUUGUAAAAUAAUUUCAAGAAUCUUUCAGGGUGCACACAAUAAAAAGAAGUAUAAACUAUAGUAAAGAACGUUACCCGAGUGUGUGCACGUAAUUUUUCAAACUUAUAUUUAAUUCACCAGUACUCGUCACAUUUGCAUUGCGCAAUGCGCACAGUGCGCGAAAUGCCGUUAAACAAUAAACUUGAAUUCAGCGACCAUCGCUGCUGUAUCAAAGGAGGAGAAUUUCAUCCCAUAGUGCUUAGAAAGAAACUCUGGUAUUAACAUAUGAAAUGAGAGACCGUGCGCGACUACUAUUCAUCGCGCUGCUGCCUCAAAGAAAUGGAAAGUCCUUUUUAUCUCGACCGUAGCUGCCAUCGCGUGCCUCGUCUUAAAUUCACAGCGACGAGAAACUCUGCGACAGGUGCCCGGUAGAAAAUGCCUCUUUCUAGGCCGCACAUCGAUUAACGCAAGACUUCUAAUAAACAGAUGUGGAGUGCAUCUUCGAGGUGAACCGACAAAAAUCCCGACCAAUUACGCGAGAAGCUCGAGAUCAGCUGCGAGACAUCUCAGGAGCAGAACAAACGUUGACGAAACUUGAAUUGAACUUUCCCCUCGCGAGAUAUUUCGCGGGAAAGAUUGAUCACGAAGAUAUUCUUACGAAAACAAAAGAACCUCUGCGAGGAAUUAAUUAAUGAAUGGAGACGGAAGUGAUUAAUGAAAUUUAAUUUGCCAUUAUAUAUAAUUACAUAUCAUUGUAAGGUAAACUUUCGCUGGAAUCUCCAUUCUGUGAAAUUAUACUUAUCAGGAAGUUAAGACUCGUGUAUUGAGAUAUUAAUCGUACACAGCUUUGCGAACAUACAUGAGGAAAUUAGUUAUAAAUUGCCGAUCGCGUAAUCGGCUAUCGUAUUGUGCCGAUACGAUGGCUGUGGGAACAAAGAGUUUACUCUGACUGUUAUUAACUGUUAAGUUCAACCUAUCAUUAAACGCGCGCGGAUAAAAAUGCGAGUGAACAUUGAUCGAUCGCUUCGCCGCUUCGAGUUCGAUCGAUGCGCUGUCGGCCGAUCUCAUCGAUACAGUUAGCACAAUUUAAAGAAUUAGAAACACGCUUGCUCUACUCUUAUUAAGUCUUCUCUAUUGUGCUUUCUCAUUAUUAUAAUAUUUGCAAUCAUUACAAUAAAUCCCUUUACCAAACAAAAGCACUCAAAUCGGAUCGUUAAUCUGGCAACUUGCAAAAUUAUGUGCAAAGCGUUUCUCCGACUUACCGCACCGAUCGAAAUUAAUAAAAAAUCUCGAUAACAUCUCAGAGUGCUUCUACCUAAUAAUUGCAUCACUUCGAGCGUAUUUAUCACAUCAAUCGAUUGUCGACGAUCUUCUCCAUUUAAAGUUAUCCUUUUAAGUAAUUCCUGGAAGCAGGUCGGAACUGGAGAAGGCACUAACUCCUUCUUAGGAAUCGAUCAGAUGUCUAACCCUUAAUUACCCGAACUAAUUAUGACUAAGGUCUCGAUCCAUCGGAACGUCUCGUCGGGUCCUUGUGGCGAAGGGUGGGAUGAGUCUACGACCUGGUGGGGACCAUUUCUAUAUAAUCGACGGUGAAGGUGCCCGUCUCUCCAUAUCCUAUCAGUGACCACGUUUCUUUAACCGCCAUCUUCCACGUCUAUCCGUAUUUUUACAAGAGACAAGUGAUACAAGAUGAUGUUGCUGCCGCUGGCCAUCGUGCUCUUCGCGGCGUUCGUUAACGCCGAACCGGCGAUCAAUGAAGCCCGACCGCACAGUAACCGACCUGGAAGAUUCUUGUCUCUCCCGAUACCGCAAAAGUGCGCGAAUCGGCCGAAACAGUUUAACUUGCGAGGACACAACUACUUCUACAGCGGACAUGUGCCGGCUCAUGCCAAUCAAAAGGUGGACUGGUUAGAUGCCAGGAACAUUUGCAGAGAGUACUGCAUGGAUCUCAUCUCGAUGGAAACCCAAGAGGAAAACAACAUGAUCUUCAGGCUCAUCCAACAGAACGACGUGCCGUACAUCUGGACGUCCGGGCGCCUCUGCGACUUUAAGGGCUGCGAGAACCGACGUGACCUCGAGCCCAAGUCCCUGUACGGAUGGUUCUGGUCGGCCAACCGCGAGAAGAUGGCCCCGACGAACCAGGCGCCGAACGGCUGGGGCUUCAACCCGUGGUCGCAGACUGGCCACAAGAAGGUCAAGCAACCGGACAACGCCGAGUAUGACAUCAACGGCACUAACGAGUCCUGCAUGUCCGUCCUGAACAACGUCUACAACGACGGCAUCGCCUGGCACGACGUCGCGUGCUACCACGAGAAGCCGUUCGUAUGCGAGGACUCCGAGGAGCUGCUCAACUACGUGGCCAGCACCAACCGCGGCAUCCGCCUCUAAUCGCGAUCGCGGUCAGGCCGGUCGCCAAGCGAUCACGAUCGUCCAUCAGCAUCGCAUCAGCACCUACUCUCUACUUCCUGUACUACCCGCCGCGGGGUCGACGAGACACGUGCCAAACGGGGGACGCGGGAUUCCCACGUGGCGAUCGUGCCGUCCUUGAUCCUCGGAUGAUCACAGAGAAUUCUUCGCGAUCGUCGUUAGGCGUUACGAAAGAGCUUGUCUCCUCUUCCCGCGAUUAUAAUCGAAUCAUAAUUUAUGAGCUAAGCGAGCUACAAUUUUUUGGAAUAUUUUACACGAUGAGGUAAAGGUCUGCGUAGGUUUAUUAAUUCGUUCGAUGGAGCUAUCGAUCGAGACGACAAUCGAGCUUGCCAGGAGAAUGAUUAAUUGCAAUCUUGUAUUUUGUUCUUCUAGGGUUUUUGUUGCUUAAUGAACCGCGUUGAUUAAUUUUCCUACGAAUAUCCGACAUUAUUUGGUUUCUUGUAUCUUGAAAUUGUUCUUCGAGAGAAUCUUUCCGCUUCGCGAGCGAUUUUUGAUCGAUGUAAUCAUCGGAGAAUUAUUUACGACGGUGAAAAGGGAAACGAGAAUAGACGAUUUGCGGGAGAACAUGUGCUUAGAUGAGAAAUCAGUAGUUUUAUUAGUUUUUACAUCUGAUUUUAGCAAUCAUAAAAUUGUACAGAUUUCUUGGAGAAUUUUAGAGACGCGGGGUGUUCUCCAUAAAAAUAGAGAAAAUGUAGAAUCAAUAAAUCGCGCAAAUCACAUAAAAUCUUUUAAUGUACGAUUAAUUAAUUGAAUUAUUCAGUACAAUGCGUACGGCUUUAAAAAGAUGCAAAGUGUGAUGAAGAAAACUUUUUAACUACUUUCACAAAAAUUGUCCAAAUGCUUAUAGAAUGAAAGAUAUGCUUUAUUAUUCAGCAAGAAUAAACGUGUCUCGUCACUGCGCUCUCUUUUUCUUUCUCUCUCUCUCUCUCUCUCUCUCUGCAUCAUCAUAUCGAAGAAACUCUGUAAUAAUUUUGUACUUCGUUUAAUUUGUAAUCACAGUAUCCGCUGAAGAGAGUAUAGUAAUUGUGUACAUGUAUUUAUUGAUAGACAUUUGGCUGGCAGUCUCUGUACAUUUAUGAAUAAACGUUAAUCUUACGUAAA